GCCCAUUUUUGAUGACGUACCAGCAAGGCAGAGGGGCGCGCUGACGUCCUCUAUGGUGCACUCAGCCAACCUUUGCCUGAAACGGGAAGCUUUCGGUGUCCCGCCGUGAAGAAUCCACCAAGGGGAGCCGCUUUGUCAACACAUGCGACUCUUGUGUGGUUCUUCGAUGCUUUGGAGAUUUUCUGUAGCCAAAUCAUGCACCGGACGGUUUUGCGGUAGUAGAAAUGCAGCGGCGCACUUUCAUCCCGCAAGAACCAUGCUCGUGUACCGCAAGCAGCCCUAUGACACCCUCUUUUAUCUCAUACGACUUUGUCAUGAGUGAAAUUUGCUGGGGAGCAAACGAGGAGUAAGGACGCUAUCACACGAGUCUAAAGGACGGUGGUUUCACUGCAGACGUUUGUGUACCGUGAACCUCUGGAUUCGGGAUUUUUAAAUUAAUUUAUUUUUUUGAUGGAGCUGGAGAAUAUUGUGGCCAACACUGUACUGCUUAAAGCCAGGGAAGGUGGAGGAGGCAAGCGGAAAGGGAGGAGCAAAAAAUGGAAGGAGAUCCUUCGCUUCCCCCACAUAAGUCAGUGCACUGAGCUGGGCAACAGCAUCGAGAAGGACUAUGUCAGCAUCUGUGAGAAACAGCCAAUUGGAAAGCAGCUCUUCCGUCUUUACUGUGAGACCAGACCAAAACUGCAACGCUGCAUUCAGCUACUGGAUGCAAUGGAAGAUUACGAGGUGACGCCUGAUGAAAAAAGAAAAAGCAGAGGGGACCAGAUUAUCAAGACCUUUCUUUCCAAACAAUCACCGCAACGUGUGGACAUUGCAGAGGUCUUUGCAGAUCAGUGCCGAGAGAACCUUGAACUCAGCCCAUGUAAGGAGAUCUUCAGCAACUGCCGAAAAGCUGUCCACGACUACCUGAGCGGGGCUCCAUUUGCAGACUUUGAGAACAGCAUGUACUUUGACCGCUUCCUGCAGUGGAAGAUGCUGGAGAGGCAACCAAUCACUAAAGACACUUUCAGACAAUACCGAGUGCUGGGCAAAGGAGGUUUUGGAGAGGUGUGCGCCUGUCAGGUUCGAGCUACAGGAAAAAUGUACGCCUGCAAGAAGCUAGAGAAAAAGAGAAUAAAGAAGAGGAAAGGAGAGUCAAUGGCGCUCAAUGAAAAGCAGAUCUUGGAGAAAGUUAACAGCAGAUUUGUUGUGAGUUUAGCAUAUGCCUAUGAGACCAAAGACGCUCUCUGUCUGGUGCUGACCAUCAUGAAUGGUGGAGACCUGAAGUUUCACAUUUACAACAUGGGCACGCCAGGUUUUGACAAAGACAGGGUCCAGUUUUAUGCAGCUCAAAUCUGUUGUGGUCUCAAACACCUCCAUAGGGAAUCCAUUGUCUACAGAGAUUUGAAACCAGAGAACAUCCUACUUGAUGACAAUGGACACAUCCGCAUUUCCGACCUGGGUCUUGCCAUUAAAGUGCCUGAAGGGGAGUUGAUCAGAGGAAGGGUGGGCACAGUGGGCUACAUGGCUCCAGAAGUGAUCAACAAUGAAAAGUAUGGAAUGAGUCCUGAUUGGUGGGGGUUGGGCUGCCUCGUAUACGAGAUGACCGCCGGGCGAUCGCCCUUCCGUGCCCGCAAAGAGCGAGUGAAGCGGGAGGAGGUGGAAAGGAGGGUGCAAGAGGAAGAAGAAGAGUACAAUGACAAGUUCACAGAGGACACCAAGGAAAUCUGUAGAAGGCUGCUCACCAAAGACCCAAAGCAGAGGCUCGGGUGCCAGGCGGACAGAGCAGCAGACGUCAAAGCUCACUCUUUCUUCAAAAAUAUCAACUUCAAGAGGCUAGAAGCUGGAAUAGUUGAGCCUCCUUUUGUGCCGGAUCCUCGGGCAGUCUACUGCAAAGAUGUGUUGGACAUCGAGCAGUUCUCCACAGUCAAGGGAGUAAAUUUGGACCAAACUGACAAUGACUUCUACUCCAAAUUUGCAACAGGCAGUGUUUCCAUCCCAUGGCAGAAUGAGAUGAUAGAAACGGAGUGUUUCAGAGAUCUGAAUGUGUUUGGCCCUCAAGGGAUGAGACCCCCGGACCUCGACUGGAGUCAACCUCCGGAACCCCCAAGACGCAGCCUGCUGGACAGGAUCUUCAGGAGGCACCACCCAGAAGUGUCCAUUUCCCACAGCCGUGUGCAGUCUUCCAGCGUGAACUCUGUGGACUCUAUGUCUAACUCUGCCCCCUAGUGGUGCGGUGACGGCGUGGGAGACAAAGGGAUGACGCCCUGAGUUUUUUUUUACCCGCUGCUAAUUAGUCCACAGCUGGGUCCUGAGACUGUCUGAAGUCUCAUGGGUCAACCCAUUAGGUGAGGUUGACCUGGCCCAGGUAUGCGGCCAGGUUUUUUGGGGGGGUUGGGGGUGGGCAGAGACAUUUUGAGAAGUACUUUGGACAAGCUCUCUUACCCUCAGGAACGUUGGACUACAGAACAGAGCCACUUGUAUCGAUGAAAGGAUAGUAACUAAGCUAAUAUUUUUUUCAGGGCAUCCAUUGUAUUAUAACAACCCACCACAAGGAAUAGGGAAGUGGGUCCCUUGAUGUUUGAUUUUCCAAAAAUACUCUUUGACUUCCUGGCCUGUACCAAUAGUUACCCAUCUCCAGUGUCAACAUCUGUGUAUCACUGAUAGUCUCUUCUCUGUAUUUCCCACCUGUGUUACCUCACAUUACUCCUUAGCAUUCAGAACAGACCGCCUCGUCUACAACCUCAGCUCAUGUGAAGCAUCGCCUCGUGUUCACUCAGGCCAAAGAUUACAGAUCAGUUGCGUGAUGUUGAUUUUGUGGUCUGAACUCUGAAGUUGUCAUUUCAAUCAUGUGGGGUCACUAUGUGAGCUGUUAGCUCUGUAUAAAACACACUUUUUCUAUACGUGAACCUGCAGGCAUAUCAUAUAGCUCGCAUACAAACACAUCCGUUACAGCAUUGUGAGAUUCGUGGUGUGUUGUCAUUGCAUGGACAAGUGUAUGUAUGGACAGCUGUAUCCCUCUGCUUUUGCAUACCUCAUUCCACUGAUGUUAUUGUAUACCAUACAGCACAGGUAUCUCCCUCAGUUUACAGUGUCACUUUAGAGGACAUUAUGUGACAAAUAUACUCUUUAGAAUUAGAAAAUAUGAGGGGUUUUGCCACCCUGUGAUGUGGAGAGGAACACAUGCACUCAGCCUGACGUAGAAGUUGCACAAUUUAAAAUAAUGUCAUGCUGUUUUACCUCUCAAGGCACAUCAUUGCAUGGGUAACACCAUGCACUGCAUCUUUUCUACGGUUUAGUUACAGCAUCUGAAAAUUUUAAGUGUUCUUGUUCCCUUUAUGCCUUUUACAUUUCAAUAAUAUUGCUGCCUCACUUUUACAUGUACUGGUUUUUGUAUUUUUAAUGCCUCGUCUUGUCUAAAGGCUUUUCAUCUUGUUAUAUUUCUGAGAAUCAACAAGGAUAUAAACUGAAUGGUUGGUCUUAUCUACAUUUUAUUUAUCUGGUCCACUUCAUUUAUGUCUGGGAGAGGACAAAGCCGGAAAAAAACGAAAUAUAAUAUUAAAAAAAAAAAACAGUGGCCUUCCUGCAGCAGCACAGCCAAUUAAGAAGGACGAAUCACUUGGCCUUUUUCCUUCCCAAGAACAUUAUUUUGCUAUUUUGGGAGAUACAUUUAGUAAUUUAAUCCCCCAGUUCUCCAAGUUUGAUCCCUAAGUCCCUAUACCUGUGUACUUGAUAUGAAAAAAAAAAAUUCUGAAUCAGACUGAAGUGCCUCCCUGUUUGCAUGACCUCCCAGACAAUGCCCACACAGACAUACGCACUUGUGUGAUCUAUGACUGUCUGUCUUUUUGUGUCAUUGAGAACACAUUAAUACAAAUAACAAGAAGUGAGGAAUGGCUGUGGGAGGGUUGCUGGGUGCAUGUGAAAGCCAAACCCACUGUGUCUUUCAAGUCCUAAUAAACUUUGUGCUUUCGUUUGAGUUACUUGUUUUUGUCUCAUAAUGUUAAAAUCUAAGUAGAAUUAUUAAGAGAGCUGUUCAAAUACCAAUUCUAAUUCAUCCAGGAAGGAGAAUGCCCUCAUUAACAUGCCAUAUUUUUUAUUAGUGUCUUGUUUUGACUGAUGCAUAUAAUAUGGUUUUUGAAGAGGAAAAACGCCCACCCCACUAUGAAGCAACUGCACUUACGCCAAACCAAAUGCUGUAACAAAAUUAAUGAUAGACUGGGCAAGGUGACAAGGAAGAGGAAAGUCUGGAAUAACCUGCCCAAUUUCUUUCUUUUUUUUUUUAAUUUUAACUUUAAUGCAUAAGAUAGGUAAAAAUCAGUGCAUCGCCUUUUAAUUGAAAAAAAAAAUGUUUUUUUAAAACAGCGUUUUUCAGAGGUGAGCGAACUCCACCAAAUAGAACAGCUUGGAAAAUGACCUUGACAUUUUCCCAUAGCAAAUUGUCUUGCAAACCUGAAAAAGGACAAAGAAUUUAAAGAAAGGAAGGUCACUUUUAAGAUGUUGGCCCCGUGGCCCUAUCCCGGAAAAAUAAGAUGAAGAUAUGUGAAUACAAGUUAUUUGAGUGGAAUCAAACAACUUCAUGUAUGAUUAACUGUAUAAUAUUGAUCAUGCUCAUCUAAAAAUAGUUCUGCAUACAGUGGUAUGAAAAUGUAUCUGAACCUUUUGGAAUUGCUCACAUUUCUGCAUAAAAUCACCAUCAAACGAAAGUGAAAAUACAGUGUCUGCUUUGAUUAAAACCACCCAAACAAGUUUUCAUAUUUUAAUGAGGAUAGCAUGCAAUCGCUUUGGCAUUGUGUGCAGAGGACCACAGAUCUGGAAUGAACUGGACGAAACACUUAAAAUGUCACACUCCAUCUCUAUUUUUAAGAAAAAACUGAAAACUCAUCUCCUUGCUAUGUAUGCUUAAUAUGCUGUCUUUGAAUAACAUUCCUAAGGUAUCACAUGUCAAAUCCGAUGUAAUCAGAAUUUUGAAAUUUCCAAUAGUUAAUUGUAAGUAUGUGUAUGGAUGUGUGUAUGUGUGUGUUGUUUGACUGGGCCCCUACUAAAACCUUUAAAUAGCUUAUUCGGAGUGUCCCUUUCAUGCAUCUUGUCAGAUGAACUGCUUGUAUAUAUGACCAUGUUCUUGUGUGUACCAUGAUACGAUAUGUGAAUAAACUAAACUAAAAAAAAAAAAAAAAAAUGCAAACAAUGACAGAAGGGCGAAGAAUAAGUAAGUGAACCCUCUGCCUAAGAAGACUUAAAGAGCAAUUGAAACCAAUUCUUACCAAACAUUUUAAGUCAGGUGUGUGCCCAAUCAAUGAUGAGUGGUUUAGAGCUGCCCUGCCCACUAUAAAACACAAACUUCUUAAGAAAUUUCUUGAUGAGAAGCAUUGUCUGAUGUGC